AAAUAAAAGAAAGGAAUAAACUAAAAUCGCAAAUUGAAUCAUCUGACAACGAUGACCGCUGUACCUCAAAGUAAACAAUAUAAUAUUACGCACAUUCAACAACGUUUCAACUGGGAUUGCGGGGUGACCUGCAUUUUAAUGAUAUUGUCCUCAUCGCAACGUAAACAGUUCCUAAAUAAUUUCGAGAGCAUCUGCAAGGAUGAAGGUUUCGGUGUCAGCACCUGGACAAUCGAUCUCUGUUAUUUGCUGCUUCGCUAUCACGUGCGUCACGAAUACUUAACGCAAACGAUUGGCGUGGAUCCAAGUUACAAGAAGCAUUCAUACUAUUCGCAUGUACUGGACAAGGACGAGAAGCGGGUGAUGCGCAGGUUCAAGGAAGCCUCUGCGAAAGGCUUGCGCAUCCAGCAGCGUACGGUGAACAUGCAUGCGAUUGUUAUGCACUUGGCACGCCAUGGACCAAUUAUACUGUUAACAAAUGCCUCGCAACUCAUUUGCGAAGUGUGCCGUCGUACGAUUCGUGAAAAGUUUGGUUUUCAUCUCUUCUGUUUUGCCCAAAAUAAAAACAAAAGUUUUGCUGGACACUAUGUGGUGCUAUGUGGCUACGACGCAGAAGCACAUACAAUAUUUUAUAACAAUCCAGAAACACGCGAUGGCCAUACUUGCCGCUGUUCACCGGCUUCUAUGGACACAGCACGCUCGGCUUUCGGCACCGAUCAGGAUAUUAUAUUCAUUUUCGAGAAGUCGAAACGCAAAAAGUAAACACCAGGAUGCCGAUGGAGUCGACAUAAUGUCAUACUGUACCUGGCCAGCAGUUGCCACAGUUGUUGUUGUUAAAUUGGACCUGCUAGCUUUUGUGAUAUUUACUUGUAUUAGGACUGCGAUCUGAUCGUACUUGGCUUGGCCUUUCAUCUGACGUACCUAAGCUAUAUGUACCGUUAGUUUUCAAUAACUAACUAUGUUGUCAAUAUAAUUUGCUUACUUUA